AUGCAUAAAAAACAAGUUUUAGUAGCAAUAGCUAUCUGUAUACUCUUUUGUUGUUCAUUUUAUGAAACAACACGAUUACAGGAUGCUGAAUAUGAUGAUGUACAAAUACAACCUAGAAAACAACAACCUUGUUGUACUGGAAAACCUGAAGGAAGAUAUCAUGUGCACAAUUGUGGUGGGAAAUGUUGUUCCGAUGAUUCUAUACAUCAGCCAGGAAUGGGAAGAAUUGGCGCGGUUAAUUAUUUGCAUAUAAUUCCAGAUGGUCUAACUGAUUCACAACGUACAUCAUGGUUGAAAGCCGGUAAACAAGCACUUGAAAACCAGCAGUUAAAUGCAGUUACACCAGCAUCUGAAUACGAUAAAAGGCAUUAUGGAUCACCUAUCUUCAUUCAUUCUCUAACAGAAGAUAAAACAUUAAAUGAAUUAAUCUCAAAAAUUAAAUCUAUAAGGGAAUAUAUGAUAGAUACCGAAAGUGAUUCAAACAUCGGGCAAACCAAUUGUAAUCGUAAGCAACAAAAUGAACCUGCCAUUAUUCAAAUCCAAGUGAUAGAAAGUGAAGAACGUUCAACUGUGAUUAUAAUUGAAGCACAAUUUCUCCUUGAUCCAUCAUCAGAUAAGCACGUUGCAACAUGUCAACAAAAUAAAGCUGAUAUUGAUGUAAAGAAUGAUUACGAUCUUCUAUAUGAUCAUGACGAAAUGCACGAUCUUGAUGAAUUUGUUUCAAUGGAUAAUCACGUCAAAAAUCAAUUAAAUGAUGAUGAAAAUUCUGAUCAUAACUAUUGUAAAAAAUAUUGUAUAUUUAAAUCUCCAAUAUCUCAAUUUACAUCAACAUUAAAAUCAUCAUCACCAUCUACAUACAAUCAAUAG